AUCUUCAACGUCUUCUUCCAUCCCUUGGCAGGAUUUCCAGGACCGCUACUUGCGCGCUCCACACUAUUAUGGAGAAUUUAUCAUUCCCUCAGUGGUCGGUUCCAUCUCGCAAUCCAGGAGCAGCACAAGCGCCUGGGUAGCAUAGGCCCUGUUGUCAGAAUUUCUCCAAAUGAAUUAUCAUUUGCAUCGGUUCAGUCCUGGAAGGAUAUCUAUGGACAUGCCACGGCAGGAAAGCAAACGAUGAUCAAGAGCGAGUUCUACGACAUGUACGGCUCGGGCUUUGACUCUCUCUGCGUCGGGAGUGAGAGAGACCCAAGAAGACAUACUCAAAUGAAGAGAUCUCUGUCUGCAGCCUUCUCAACCAAGGCAUUAGCUCAGCAAGAGAGCAUCGUUCAAAAAUGCGUCGAUGGGUUCAUCCAGCGUAUCGGAACAGAUGGGAAUUCUGAUAAUGGGCUGAACAUGACCAAGUGGUAUGAGAUGAUCGCAUUUGAUAUUCUGGGCGAAAUGGCAUUUGGAGAAAGCUUUCAUUGUAUUAAGUCUGGAAAGCCUCACUUUUGGUCAGACAUGGUUGUCGAGCACCUGUUCUUUAUCACCGUUCUGGAUAACUUGCGCCGUUAUCCAAUAUUGGUGGCCAUUGGCAAGAAGCUUCUGCCUCGCUUGACGGUUCAAGUUCGUGAUCGGCAUUCCGGGUUUAGUCGAGAGAAGGUGGCCAGGCGGAUCAAGUCCGAAUCAUCACGGCAUGACUUCUUGACAAACAUAGCAGAGAAGGUCAAAGCUGGUGAAGUCUCCCAGGAAGAGAUGACGGCCCACGCUUCAACUCUUGUAAUCGCUGGCGGAGAAACCGUCGCGACCUUUUUGGCGGCCACGACAUACUUUCUUCUGAAAAACCCUGAUGCAUAUCGCAAGCUCAGGGACGAGAUCCGCACCCGCUACGAUUCAUUAGACCAAAUCACGGCCAUGACAGCACAGAGACUGCCCUACUUGCAAGCGGUCAUAUCGGAGGGCUUGAGGAUAUACCCGCCAGGCUCGCAAGGCUUUCCUCGAGUUUGCCCGGGCGACAUGAUAGAUGGACAUUGGGUUCCCAAGGGGACUGAGGUGUAUACGAGCGCCUGGACGGUCACGCAUGACGAGGCAAACUUUCACGAUCCAUACGAGUUCAAGCCCGAAAGGUGGCUGGAACCGGAAUGCCUGGACCGGUUUGAAGCAAGCCAGCCGUUUUCUCUUGGACCUCGAGGUUGUCUUGGAAAGAACUUUGCUUAUGUUGAGAUCAAUUUGAUUUUAGCUAAGAUGCAUUUCGCAUAUGAUUUGGAACUGGUAAGCGAUACGUUUGACUGGCUCGCACAGAGCCGUUUGCAUGUAAUGUGGUGGAAACCGGCCUUACAAAUCAGGGUCAAGCGGGUCAUGCACUGA